GACUUCUCUCCCGGAAUGGGUGUGCCAGUUUAUCUAUGAGCUGCACUUCGCAGACCACAUGACCACGUAAGAGAAAAACAGGCAGGGCAAACUUCUCUCCUUACGGAAAAACAACGUUCUGUAAAGAUAUAAAGCUCACACAGCCAGCCCAGCUGGGUCUACGCACACUACGUCGUGUCCACGCAGAGCAGGCAACAUACCAGGAUACUAAUAUAACCCCGACCCUAUAGAGCAGAUUCUACAAGAUGGCCGAUCAGCUGCAGCGCCUUGUGGCCGACAAGAAGAAUGUGGUUGAGACCGUCAUGGAUGUGUUUGAGCAAGGGGCAGAGGUAGUGGCCAGCAUUGCAGGAGACCUGUUCCCUGUCUUCGCUAUAGCAGCACCCAUUAUUAGGCUGGCCCUGGACAACGUUGAGAGCAAAGAGGCAGAGUACAUGAAGGAGCAGUUCCAGAAGGUACGGGACAGGCUAGAGGUGGCCUCCGAGGAGAUCCAGCGCAUCAAUGAGGAGAUCAAGAAGAGUGCGGCAGAUGCUGCCUAUUUCUCUGUGGAGGAGAAUCUGACCAACCAGUUCCGUAAGUACAUGGACAUCCUCAAUGCCAAGCCUAAAUUCCGUGAGGUCAAGAAGAAGCUGUUCUUGGAGCACUUCAGCAAGACUGGAGGUGACAAAAACCUGAUCACCCUAUUCGGCGCUGUCACGGGAGAUAACUUCUCUGGAGAGUCUGUGUUGGAGAUCACACUGAACUACGAGCAGAAGGACCGUCGUGUCUUGGAGGACUUCUGUGCCAGGCUUAAAAAACUGUUCUGUGUUGGCCUGAUUGCUUUAAUGGGAUACAGUGCGCUCAAGGGGAAUGAUGAGGAGGAGGAUUUGCUUAGAGACUGGGGGGAGAAGAUGAAGGUUGUUCAGAAUAAAAUGACCACCGUCAUCGAGGACUGCAUCAACAGCUUCCCAAAACAGGCCGAGAUAGAUGUCAAAAGAGUGGUCAGAGACAACUGCGACAAAUCCAAUAAAGAGCUGGCCGACACCAUCGUGGAGACCCUGAAGAAGAAGUACGACUGGGUGCGCUGGUCAGUCCGUGUGUUCUGCUCCCCGUCCGGCCUGUUCACGAACAAGAAGGACUUCCAGUGCUUCACAGGCCGGAGCCGUUUUGCGGUACCCUCAGCAGACGACAAGCUGAACGUCAUGGUCUCCUACAGCGCCUCUCCAGAGCCUCUGAACAAGGACCAGAUCCAGCUGCUAAUCACCAGUCAGAAGAAACCCACUAUCACCGUGGUGGCGGAGUUGUUGUUUGAUAAGGUGCCCGUCUGCGUGGUGCAAACCAUAAAGACCACGUGCAAAGACGUGGUCUGCUCCUACAGCUUCUCAGAGGAAUUGCACUAUUGGGAGGAGCUGAAGAACUUCUAUGUUUGUGUCCAUUCUGCUUAAUGGCAGUUUUGGAAUUUCUUUUGAACUGAGACUCAAUUACCUUUGACAAAAUGGCUAUAUUCCGUUUAACUUUCUGACUUGCAAUGUAAAAGCAUACUAAGUGACCUUUUGAAUAUGACCAAAUCCAUUACAGCAGGAAUACAAUAGUUGCAAUACACUUUUUGACAUCACAUUGCUGUAUCUUUAUACCAAAAAAAUUGACACAAUCUUUGACUGCAAAUUGCAUUUGAAGCCAAUAUAACUUCUUUCCAGUGUACGUUAAGUUAUUAAUCAUAAGUGAUGCGAUCUAGGAAAACCCACCACAUGGUGCAAUUUUACCAACUUAUGAUUCUAAUACCAUCCUAGAUGGGAGGAUGGUAUCCUGGAUUUUGCUAGGAGACAAUAUCCAGAAUGUUGCUAGGAUGGUUUCAGAAUCUUAAAUUGGUGAAAUUUCACUAGAGAGAGUAAAAAGGGAUUUUUGAGUGCACCGUGUGGUGGGUUUUCCUAGAUCGUAUCACAUAUGUAUAACUGUGUAUGAAUUAUCAACUAAUAAGUAUGGGGAAUGAAUGAAAGAAUGGAUGGAUAUGCCUACACUCACAUACUGUAGGGCUUAUCUGCAUGCCUUAUGUGCCCACUGCAGUGUGAUGAAACUGCUUUCGUACCUUAUGCGCCGAUGUGUCUUCCUACUGUUGUUUUACCUUUCCCUUGUCUCAAGCACCCGGCCACACACUUACCGCAGUCCCCAUAGAAUGGGCAUGUUGGAACACAUGAAGUAUGCUAGUGACAGAUGCCGUGUUUGUACAGGAAUUCCUCACAUAAUUAUGGAUUUGUUCGGUCUUCCAUGUGCUUUUUGGAAAUUAAACAUGGCGAAAAAGCAUGUGCGAAUAGGCACAAUAGAUUGCCAUAAACAAAUGUUAAAUAAAUGUUGUAACUAAUCAUA